CUCUUAUUCAACCUUCUCUCUCUCUCUCUCUCUCUCUCUCUCUCUAGAACUGUUUCUCUGUCCACACCAUUAAACCACCUCCACCACCACCCUCCUCUCCAUACAAUGAGAAGAGAGACAUAAAAACAAAAGGUGGUAGAUGCAUGAGCCACAAAAAAUAAUACAUACGCUCUCUGUCUCUGUCUCUGUCUCUGUUUCUCUCUCUCUCUCAUACACGCUCACCACCUUUCCUUCCUAAAAAUCCUAAUCCCUUUGCCUUUGCAACAAUUUCUCACCAACCCUCUUUUAUUAUUUUCCGGUUCCACGCUCCCACAGCCGCUACCGUCUCCGCCUCUUCAGCAGCUCUGAGAGAAGAUUGAACCAAUGCGAUGGGAGGCUUUUGGUGUUUGUAUUGGAGCUAGGUGAUACAUGGGAAAGGCCAUCAAGUAGACCAUUGUACAUUAAUUGGAAGAUUUGAGUCAAACCAUGGUGAGCUUACGAAGGCGCAAGCUCUUGGGACUAUGCUCUGGGAGAAGUUCUUUCAUAGCUCCACUUCCUAGGUUUUUCAAUGGAACUGCUCCUGAAUAUCCUACCCAGAAUACCAAUCCUGUCAGAGUGCAUCCAGUGCCUUCGGGUGAUGUAGACCAGCCAGUGGGGAAUAAAGUAGGACCUGGAUCAUCAAAUGAAUCUGGUUCAAGCUCAUCAAAAGAGCAGCCCAUUCAACCAGUUGCAGGGCCACCAGUAAAACGCAGAAAACGACACAGGAGAAAGCAUUUUCAAAACCAAGAACCAUGUCUGAUGAGAGGUGUCUAUUUCAAGAACAUGAAAUGGCAGGCAGCAAUAAAAGUUGAUAAGAAACAAAUUCACUUGGGGACUGUUGGUUCACAAGAAGAGGCUGCUCGUUUGUAUGACAGGGCUGCUUUCAUGUGUGGGAGGGAACCCAACUUUGAGCUUUCGGAGGAGGAGAAGCAAGAACUUAGGAAAUUCAAGUGGGAAGAAUUCUUGGCAAUAACUCGUCAUGCAAUAACUAGUAAAAAACACAAGAGAAGGCUCGGGCCAGGCUUGCAGCGGAGUUCUGAGUCUUCCUUGCAGAACAGUGAAUGGGAUGGCAAGCAUGAAGUCAAUGGUCUUUCGGCUUCAGAAGAUGUGGAGCCAGACACAUCACCAUCUUGAAAAUAAUGAAGCAAGAAGGCUGGAUUUUCCAGUUCUAAAGGUAAAAGUUAUAGCUGAUAGGCCUCCAAUUUUUGGUGUAUAAAGGCCCCUAUUAGGGUAGUCGUCGUAGAUUUCUUUGUCUCUCGGUAAGCAAAUCCUUAAUUAUUUUUACCCAAUAAAGAGUUCAUAUUAGCUGUAA